UCCGCGCCUGCCGGCGCCAGGAACCACGUGGGGCCGGGGCGUGUUUCCGGUGCCGGCUUCCCCAGCCGGAGUUGCAGCUCGAGCAUCUGGAGGGCUGUCUAUCCUCAGGACCAUGGCCAACAGCGAACGCACCUUCAUUGCCAUCAAGCCUGAUGGGGUCCAGCGCGGCCUCGUGGGAGAGAUCAUCAAGCGUUUUGAGCAAAAGGGAUUCCGCCUCGUUGCUAUGAAAUUAAUUCAGGCUUCCGAAGACCUUCUCAAGGAACACUACAUUGACCUGAAGGACCGUCCAUUCUUUGCCGGCCUGGUGAAGUACAUGCAAUCAGGGCCUGUGGUUGCCAUGGUCUGGGAGGGGCUGAAUGUGGUGAAGACAGGCCGGGUGAUGCUGGGAGAGACCAACCCUGCGGACUCCAAGCCCGGGACCAUCCGUGGAGACUUUUGCAUCCAAGUUGGCAGGAACAUCAUCCAUGGCAGUGAUUCCGUGGAAAGUGCGGAGAAGGAGAUUGGCUUGUGGUUUCAGCCUGAAGAGCUGGUGGAUUACAAGAGCUGUGCUCAGAACUGGAUCUACGAGUGACGAGAGAGCAGACCUCAAUGCUCUGCCCGUUCCAGCCCCUCUCCCUCCCGUGAGCAGGGGGGCCAGCCUCUAGCAAAUCCGGUUAUUUUUGAGAACUUCCUUGUAAUGCGGAGGGGAACUCCUGGAGCUGGGAGUGCUCCCUGAACAGUAUUAUGUACCACCAUCAGAUUAAAAUAUCUCAUCCCAGUA